UUCUAGGCUGCCCAGCAAAGUGCACCCGCUGCCCCACCCGGAAGGAAUCGGUUUUCCGGGUCAGAUCGCUUGAGGUCUGCAUCUUAAGAGCAUCGUGCGGAUGUCCCGGCGGAGUAAAAGUGAUGAUUAAAUAUUUUAGCGAAAUCGGAUGGCUAGAAGAGUUUCUUCAGAGCUGUUUGUAAGCAGGUUGUCGUUUUACAUAUCAACUGGAGAAUUGGAGAAGCUAUUCUCGCCCUUUGGCUUAACUGAACAAGGUAGUGAAUAGCAGGUUGAUUUUUGUAGAAUUAGCAAAAACCACAAAACCCGCGGAAACAUCUUCCUGAUUGCAUGAUAAUUUCUUCGACACAGUUUUGGAGACAAGUAUACUGACAUAGAUACCUGAAUCAACAUGGGAGAACUCUUGGCAUUUUCUCAGUCGACUUUGCUGUUACUACCCCGGUCACCGCUCUGCUCUUCAAGGAAUCAUCAUCUUUUCACCUGUUUCAGCCGGUCAUCGCUAUCAGUAACUACACCCAUCACUCACCUGUCUAACGGUGGGCGGAACCAGUGUUCUUGGAGGACUGUGGUUGGAGUCGUUUCAGACUCCAAGGUGCCUACCACCUUUACAGUUGAUUCAGCUGGGGAAGGCGUUGAUAUUCUACCCGACUCUGGUGACAGCAUUGGUGGAGGUGGUGGCAGCGGUGGUGGUGGAGGUGGUGGCAAUGACGGUGAUAAUGGAGAUGGGCAAAAUGAAGAUCAAAGCCAUGAGAAAAAGGGAGGCAUGUCGAUGUCCCAGAAACUGACACUAGGCUACGCUGCUUUAGUUGGAUUUGGUGGAGCAAUGGGAUAUCUCAAGGGUGGAAGCCAGAAGUCACUAAUUGCGGGUGGAGUGUCAGCUUCAGUGCUGCUUUUUGUCUAUGCCAUGCUUCCAUCAAACCCUUUUCUCGCAUCUUCAGUCGGUCUUCUUCUCUCCGCUUCUCUUCUUGGAGUGAUGGGACUGCGUUUCAAGAAGUCAGGGAAGAUCUUUCCAACUGGCGUGGUCUCUUUUGUUUCGCUAGUCAUGACUGGGGGCUAUUUCCAUGGAAUUCUUCGUGGCCUACACUGAUCCACAAGGCCGUUGGCUUUUCGCCUCAACAAGCAGCAGCGAAUAUCAUGUGUUGUUGGAUGAAACUCUGCCUUUUUGUUAUGUAAAACUCAAUGUUGCUGCAUUACGUCCAACUGAAUCAUCUCUCCCUUGCAAUAAUUUAUCUUAAAACUAAAAGACUAUUUAUAUAGCCUUUAAUUAUUCAAUUUUUAAUCUGGAA